AAGAUAGAGGUAGGGGAGAGUAAAGGUAACUCUCGACUAGGUUUGCCUGCUACGGCAGGAGAGUCGAAUGGAAGGGGUAGCUCCUGCGAGUCGCAGGUGAAACGCUCUCUCGGAUAGAAUCGGCCGCUCAGUUGCGCUCGCGCGAUCGCGUACGACGAUAAUUUAACUGCGCGCGCGCGCGCGUGGCAGAAUAACAAUACGAAAAUACGUCGGGAAAGGCUCGGUCUUUUUUUUUUCCUCUCUCUUAACCUUUUCGUUGUGUGUCGUAUAUAUAUAUUUAUAUAUAUAUAUAUAUAUCGUAUGUGCGUGUGUCAUCAGAUUAUUGGAAAUCCUUUUACUGUCAAAAUUCGAAAGGUUGUUGGGUAGUGUCUUUGAUCGAAGAACACACAAGAUUCAUGGAUAAGAGGUCACUGCGCCAUGUGGUUGCCUUAGCGUGGUGAGACCGAGAAAAGGAGACGAGGAAAACGUAUAGGAGUUAGCCUGGGAAGGACAGCUCUAACAGUCACGAUGCUGUCGAGAUAUACAGCUCUGCUGUUCUGGCUGGCAGUGCCAUCGAUUGUCCUGGCACAGAGUAAUUAUGCGUCACAGGGCAAUAGCAUCGAGUAUCAGCCUGGACUACCACCGAGCACUGUUCUCGAUGGCAAGGUUACCAAGUUGGACGAUAUAUCUCCUAUAAUAUUUCUCAAUCGAACAAAGGCAUAUUUGAAUUGCGGUCAGGGUAGUAUGGAUGUCGAGUUAAAGUUCGAGGAACCUUUUUACGGCGUCGCUUAUGCGGAUUUCGAUCGAAAUAGUGCUUGCAUGGUGAAAGGUCGCGGACUGACAAAUGCUAAAUUGGAAUUACCACUGAAAGGAUGUGGUACCAGACAAGAUCCGCAACGUGUAUUCACCAACAAUAUAGUCGUACGCUUUCAUCCGGGCCUCGAGAUGGAUGGUGAUGAAGUUAUCACUAUAAUUUGUAGAUAUCCUCCACCGAUAGCACCGGCACCACCGGCUCCACCUGCUAGCAUCAGAAUGGGUACCAUAGCGCCAGCAGCCGUGGCAGAACCACCAUUGAAAGGUUUCCAAAUCCUUUUAAUAAUCUGCGCUAUUUUAUUCUUAUCAUUGCUACUGCUUGGCCUUGGAUGCUCGUACAUGUGCCUAAAACGUAGGAAUGUACGAGUGGUUCAUCGUCAUCCAUUUGGUAGUGGCACAGGUUCCGAGAUAACAAAAUUAUCUGGCUCUUCUCUAAGCAACAUAACCAUGUUCGAGGGCCUUAAAAUCCCACGCGCGCACGCUCUUCUUCACACGACCGCUGCCUCCACAUCUGGCAGCGAAGCAAAUUUGGUCAUCGACCAUUCUGAUACGUUACCAAGCGAUUAUCCCAGUGAAAGUCACUCCGAGCUUUAUUAUGUUCAUCAGGUGGACGAGGAACGUUCGCUUCCAGUUUCCUCGGCUGGUUCCUACGACAACAAAGCAUUCGUGCAUCAUCACGAGACUCAACGGCAAGUGGAAGUACGUACGGCCAGCUCGUUGUAUUCCGAAACAGUAGCCGCCGAAGUAGGAACAUCGUCGAUGAUGGCUGCUAACGCAUCGCGCGUUGCCGUUCCUCGUCAUCCGAUAGCUGUCCCGAUCGAGCCGAAAUUCGACGUUCAAAUGCGAGUAAAAAGAGCACCACCACCUCCACCUAGUCCUUUACCAUCUGAAUCCGAUGUGGCCAGUAUUGCUCUUGAGAGAAACCUAACGACUAUCUUGGAAAGAGAAGAAUCUAUCAUGAGUCGAACGUUGGAGAGUCCACCACCAAGAAUGACCACUUUCUCUUACGUACCGGAACUGCACGGGCCACCAGGAGGUACCUCGUCGACGUCUACCGUGUCUCGACAACAAACACCUCCAGUUUAUUCUAGAAUCUUAAGAAAGCAAGCGGAAAGAGAGACGACUACCAGCACAACGUUGAUGCAAGAAAGAAUUCCAUCGCCACCACCUGCCGAACAAUUGCCUAUUCUACAUCACGAGAUUCGUCGUCCACGAUCUCUGACUUCUCUUAACACCGAGUUAACGGAAACUCGUUCUUUAACCGAAGUAAUGGAUCAGUCUCACGCAAAGUAUAGAGUAGCAAGUAUUCUUGCACCUACACCACCACCGCCUCCACCGAUUGUACCCACAACAACGACGACUCACACAGCGAUUCAACAUCGUGAACAACGUCUCCAUCGUGAGGAGAUGACGGAACCUCUUGUAGAACCCCAAGUGGUAACACCAAGACGUCCAGAAAUAACGACUCACGAAGUAGACGAUGUUUACUUACGUACCGUUACCGAGAAGAAAACGAUCGAAGACGUAGAACGUCAUCGUCGACAAGUCACUGAGUACCGUGCUCGACCGCAGCAACAAGUCGAUCCUAAAUGGGACGUUACAAUCAGAAACUAUCCAACGGAAGAUCUUCCACCGCCCCCACCAGAAUGGGAAAGCUUCUCCGACGUUAGUUCCACGUCGAAUUUAACGAUCACGAACGAACCCACAGUUCAUCCGAACGACAUUGCUAACGAUGAAGAACCGGACGUCAGUAUAGAACCAACCUAUACGGCUCGAGCAGAGAUACCCUGCAGGCCAUCACAUUCGGCUCAUCGUCGACCACUUGACAGCGAGCCGGACGGACCGACAGAUUGGUUCGCCAGACUCUCGAAGGUCCUUGAGCCACGGUAUGCGUCGGAAUUGACGGAAGAAGAGCGAGCUAAAUGGCGCGAGAUUAUCACGACUGAGAGUACUCUGAGAACCCUUCUAACAGAAGCAGUAGUUAGAGAAGAUUACGAACUGAUACGAAAGGAUGCGAGGUAUACGAAUCUCUUCCCACCGACAAAGUGGGACGUGAUCAUUCGCAUUCUUGGACCGCCUUUGGCACAGGCUGGUUCUACCUCAUCAUCUGGCAUGCACGGCAAGAAUCACGGUCAAAGAUACAAGAGAUCUAAAUCUUCCGAAUGGGACACCAGAUCUCGAAGAUCCUCUUUGCCGACUUUAUACGAAUACGAGAGCGAUGGUGGUAGCUCGCAUCGUAGUUUGGACAAUCAGAGCCAUCGUUUACAGACAUCGCAAUCAGCGGCUACAAUGGUAACCGGCUCGAACGUAGGACGUCUUCGUCGAUUGGGUAGUUCCAGUCACAGAGGCGUCGGUGGUGGUGGUGGUAGCGAAGCCGAUUUGAGAUCAAUGUCCGAGAUGACGGUGAGGGACUUCGCUAGAGUGGACAGGGACGAUCUGACGAGUUUGAGCUCCUUCGAAGGUGCAGAUUCAUUGGUCAGAUCACUCAGUCAACCGAGUUUGGCUAGAUCCGGCUCGGAAUUCACUGAACAUUGGGGUAUGCCAUCCGCCAUCUUAGAUCUUCCACCUUGGGCUACCGAAGGAGAGGAAGGUGCGAGUUCCGUAGAGACAACUCCAAGAGUUAUUAGAAGAGGCGAUCGAAUCGAGGUUCUCGCAUCGUUCGAUGAACGUAGAAGAAAUGGCAUACAUGGCUCUAAUGCAGCAAGAUCAUCAAGUCGAUUCAUCGAAAGGGAAAUAAGCAGCGUUCGUAUGACCGAGAGUCAGAGAGCUUCAAAUUGGUUUCACGACGACUCCGAGCCCGAGAUGCAGAUAUGAGUUUGAGGAUAUUUCAUUCUUCGAGAAUCGAAAUCUCGAUUGUUCGUUUUGAUUGUUCCGUGACUCGGUCAUGUACUCGCUCAGAAUAUAUAAGCUUGACGAACCGGUCUCUCUAUGAUCGUCAACGAGAUAAUCACGACGAUCACAAUAUCAGCCGUCUUUCGACUGUGCCGUUACUUUUGCAUUUACUUUUCCAAUCUCCCUUUUUUUUGUUUCUUUUUUUUUUUUUUUUUUUUUUUGUUUUUUUUUGCACUUCUUCCCUGUUUACUCCGUCUUUUCCAUUCUUUUCCAGGAUCCUUUCUCUUUUUCUAUAUUAAUUCACUUACCUCUUUCUCUUGUCACCGAUAUUCCUACCUAAAUGUCAUGUAACUUUGAAUGGUUAUAAAGCCAGAGAGAGGAAGAGAGAGAGAGAGAGAGAGAGAGAGAGAGAGAGAGAGAGUUAGCUAGACUUGCGAGGGGAAUGGAUAUACUCGAAUUAUCAGCCAUCCACUUGCGAUUUCUCUCACUGCCCCUUCGUUGCCUCGCACUCGAGGAUCGCCCUUUUGCCUCCUCGUGGAGUUUCCAAAGGAAUCUCCUUCUAAUUUCGAAUUUCUAAUUCACAGGCCGCCGUACAGUCUCAUCUCUGUUAAAGCCGUGAACCGCGAUGACGUUGCAAACGACUGUCGUUCUCUUCACUCACCACUCGAAACUUCUCUCUUCGCAUAAGGGUCGACUGUUAUAUAGGUAAAUAGAUAGUAUAGGAUUUUACAUGGCAACCAUUGUAUACCAUGUCGACCGUAACUAACGAGUGGGACUGCAGAGUACGGCAAAAUGUCAUCGAAUACAUUUCUUUGUGAUACAAUGAAAAAUCAAACGAUGAUAAUAUUCAUAUGGCCUCUUCUUUUAUCUUACAGAUAGGAAGAGAGAGAGAGAGAGAAACAGAGAGACAGAGAGAAAUAGAAAGAAAGAAAAAGAGAGAGAGAGAGAGAGAGAGAGAGAGAGAGAGAAACAGAGUGCCUAACGUUGAAAAUUAACAAAGUAAAAUCGAUACUAACGAAAUCCGAUAUUAAUUAUCGAAGAAAUUCACUUUUCACGAUUAAUCGAACGGAACAAUUCGUCUUCUUUAAAUUCCUCGAUAAUAAUCGACGGAUCUGAGACGCGAAAUUUACACAUAUACGGUAAUACAUAAAUUCUUUGUUUCGUCAUAUCCUACGGAUAUUUAUAAUUAUUAUUUCUUUUCAUUUAGGGAUAUCCAUCUUUGGAAACAAUGGAUAUCCUUCUUCGUGCUUUCAUGGAAGAUGGUUUUUAAAAUCGUGAAACGCAUUACGUGUUCCGUAUGAAUCUUAUCGAAAUAUUCUCUCUCUUUAUAUAUUAUAUAUAUAUAUACAUAUAUGUUUAUAUAUAUAUACCUAUCUCGUUGGUGUAAGUCUAUCCCCGCGGCAGAGAAUACUCCAGGACAGUUUCGCAGACACUUUGAAACACACGGCUGCAUUAUCCCAAUGCCAGUCAAACUUUUCUCCUUCUACCACAAAAUUCUUUUAAGCGUUCUAUCAAACAAGAGAGGUCUCGAAGAGAUUGCGUCAGGAGCACAAAGUGGAUGCUGCAAAAGAUCUUUUCUCUCUCCCCCCUCUCUCUCUCUCUCUCUCUCUCUCUCUCUCUCUCUUUAUGAAGGAGGAUAAAAAAGAAACACUUAACAAAUUUCAAAAUAUUUCAUUAUAAACUGUAAAUAUAUGCUACUGUAAAACUUUCCUUGUACAGCGACAACUUCAGUAACAUUAAAACAUUUUUAAACAGAGAGGAAGAGAGAGAGAGAGAGAGAGAGAGAAUGAGAAUGAGAAUGAGAGAGAGAGAGAGAGAGGCAGGAAGUAGGAUUUUAUAACGUAGAACAUAAGUGAGAAAAUAGAGACCCGUGGGCCUCACAAAACUAUUGCUUCUUAAUUCCAGAUAAUUUGAUAUCGCCAAGCCAUGUCUACUGCCUUUUGUUUGUCUUUUCUUUUAUAUAUAUAUCUAUUUUUUUUUUUUUUUUAACAUGACAUAAUGACUAGUAAAGUUAAGUAAUGAGUUAACGAAUUGAUGGUACAGGCUGUGAGGCCCGCGGCAAAGAAGUUGUCCACUUAUGACAUAGAAAAUCCUUGAACGCAUACCGGUCUGACACCAACGAUAUGGCUGCGAUAAUAAUCUACUUAAGUAGGUAAUGAAACAUACGGUGCUGGGUCAUACGCUUCGUAACGAUAGCUAGGUUUUUUCUACCCCACCCUCCCCUUCCUUUUAUUUUUUUUUGUUUUUUAUUUUUUUCUAAUAAACCCUAACUUAACUAUUCCUCUCAUUCCCCUGACCUCCACCUUUUGAAAAAUUAAUCAGUUCAUUUCGUAGAUCGUUUUUACGACGAUAUACGGUAUUUGCCCGUAGUUAGGCUUCAUUGAAGAUAUAAAAGUAUUUCAUUAUACGUAAGUACGUAUCCUUUAAUUUACAUUUUACGCAAACGUUUUAUUUCGACUCACAUAAGAUAAUAAUUGCUCUAUUUAAAUGGAGAUUAACUUUAACCCCUUGUGUGGCCCUUAACAAGAGACUAUUACGAUUGAUAAUGCAAAAGGUUGGCGACUUUUCUUUUUACCCAGAGAAAUCUUUAAAGAGAUAAAAGAAAGAGAGAGAAAGAGAAAGAGAAAGAGAGAGAGAGAGAGAGAGAGAAAAGGUAUAUAAAAAGCUUUGUCGUCGAUAAAGUUAUUGAUGGGCCAAAUUUGAUGAUUAUUCCUUGUUCUUUUUCGAAAUCGUUUUUUUAAGGAAAAUUUUCGCGAAUAAGAAGCUGCUCUCUUGCCGAAAAUUUUGGUGGAGUGAAACAGGUGCUACCGCGAUGUAAAUAUCGAAAUGAGGAGCGAAUCGAUCGAUGGGAUCGAUCGAUCGAUUGAUCGUGAGUGAGUGAGUGAAUAGAAAGAAUAGAAAGAAAGAAAAAAGGUAGAAGAAAAAGAGAGAAAGAGAGAAUAAAAAUAUACGUCUCGUCGUCCCUUUUCAAGCAAUAAUUAAUAGACGAUUAUAUAUUUUUUAAAUAACAAUAAGAAUUUCUGAAUACUAUCGUGUCAAUGUCAAUAUAUUUACUUAAAUUAAUUAAGAGCGAGGCGAGAUCACUUUCGUUGUUUUCCGUUCGUCAUUGUUCGCAUGGAUCUUCUCCUUUUAAGAAAACUACUCGCUCGAUGUAUCGACAUUUUUAUUGCCGAAUAAACUUUAACGAUGCUUUUACUA